AUUUUAUGUUGAUUGAAAAUUUAGCAAAUGAACUACAAUGCUCAAUUUGGUAUGCUAUGAUAAAUAUUAAUUAAGCUUAAGUUUAUUUAGUAUUCCAUUUGUAAUUCCUUGUGGACAUAGUUUUUGCCGCGAUUGCAUUCAAAAUUAUGGAAAAACAACAAAAUCUUCUAAAUGCCCGCUUUGUAAAUAGCCUUUCAAUCUUAACAAAAUAAAUCUCAAUAUAUCAUUAUAGGCGGUCUUGAAUAUAAUGGAUCAAGAUACUACUAAAGUGAAAGGAGAUGUAAGUAGAAAAAAAUCAAAAUCUACAAAUUUUUUUAUAUGCACUUCAAAUUUAUCUGAUGAAUAUAAGGUAAUGAAAUUUGUAAAUUAAGGAAUGCUUUGAAAGGUUUUAAAAAUAAUUCAAAAUAAAAUCGAAUUCAAACUUGAAUUCUAAGAUUACACACCUUAUUUCAGGUCCUGAAAAUCCAAACUAACCUUAUAUAGCAAGAAGAACCUUAAAAUAUUUAGAAGCAUUGGCUCGAGGGAUUUGGAUAGUUAAUGUGGAAUGGGUGAUAGAAAGUCUAAAAUGUGAUACAAUAUUAAGCGAAGAAGAUUUUGAAAUCAAAGGAGAUGAAUUUCCAACUCUGACUCCUAAAAUAUCAAGAACUAGAGGAGGAAUGUAUGAUUUCUUAAGAAAUUAUGAAUUCAACAUUGAGAUAGGAAAUAUUAAUAAAACAAUAAUUAAUUAAGAAUAUAUAGAAACAUUAAUAUCACUUUGUGGUGGGAACAUAGUAAAUUAAAAGGAGAAGACUUAAAAUACUAUUAUAAUAAAAAUAGUUUAAGAUCCUCAAAUAAAUUAUACUCGUAUUGAAUGUAUACCGAUGAUAGUCAAUUAAAAAUGGCUAUUUGAUAGUAUUAGUAAGUAUAACAUGCAAAAUUAUUUUGGUUAUUUAAUAAGCAAUUGA